AUGAGCAGCACAUUUGUAACACUAGCUGAAGUAUUGGAGGCACGAGGGGGACCUCUGCUGGAGGAGGAGGUCUGGUCCCUGCUGCUGGGCACUGCAGAGUCUUUAGUGGAUGUCUCCUAUAAGGGUCACAAUAAUAUGUGCAAUAUCAUAAGCCCCACCUCCUUGCUGCUGUCAGCCACUGGUACCUUAGCAUUUAAGAACUGCGGCCUAUCAGAUGAGGUAUCCACCUUCACUGCUCCAGAGAUGCUGCAGGGCCGUGCCAGCUCAACCAAACCUGCCAUAGAGAGGAUGCUGGUGUAUUCACUGGGUAUGACUCUCUACUGGUCAGUUGAUUUUCACCUACCUCAAAAUCAGCCAGUUCAGUUGAGUGACCAUCUAAACAGCCUCCUCCUCAGUAUGUGUGAGGACCUGGCCCACCGCAGGGUAAAUCUCAACUCCAUCCUGGAAGCCUGCGAAUCUCACCAUAAAGCCUCCAUCCUGCCGUCCCCUGCCAAAGUCAUCAGACAGCUGGUGGAGGAAGUCUUCCAUGAAUCAGUGAGUCUAGAUAUGUGGCUGUCUGAGUUUCAGCUUCUCUGUAGGCCAUCGUGUACAUGUCAGAAUUUAAAGGUGAGAUGCAUGAUGGACCACGGCUCUCUGCCAGACAGCAACAUCCCUCUGAGUGGCAGGAGUCAGAUGAUCAGAGAAAGACUUCAUGGAAAGAGAGGGCCAUUUCCAGACCAUUUCAGCGAAGGUUGUGCUGAGGGGAGAAGAUACUCAACAGACUCUGACUCAAAGUCAGGGAGUUUAACUCAGAGACCGUGGAGACAUAGACCAAGGAGCUCUCCCACACCUUUGUACCACUCUUCUUUGGACAGACUCCCUCGCGCGGUUCGUCAUAGGGACAGCAACUGCAGUUGGCUUGGUAGGAGCCCCCACCACGACCUCUCUCCCAAGACAUCGGGCAGGUCUCACAGUCCUUCCAUCACCUUCAGUGAGUCCUCCAUCAGCCUGAGCCAGAGGAAAGCUAAGGCUUUGGGUCCUGAAUUCAUCAGAAUGGCAGACGAACAACAAAUUGUUCUCGAGCUUCCAGGAUCUAUUGUGUCUAAAAAGGGCCGUUCGUGUUCGUCUCAGAGAGAAGUGACUGUAGUGCUGCUUAACGGACAGUACGUGGUGGUCCGCUGUGACAUCAAGUCCAGAGCAAGAGAUGUGUUUGACAUGGUGGUGGCUCAUGCAAACUUAGUGGAGCACUUCUACUUUGGUCUUGCCUUCCUAGAUGAUGAUGAAUAUUUCUUUUUGGACCAUGAAACAAAAAUCUCCAAAGUUGCUCCCGACAGUUGGAAAAAAGGGCAGAUAGCCUCCUUUUUAAUGUUUCUUCGAGUCAAAUUUUUUGUUGAUGAUAUCUCCUUCAUUUUGCACAGACUGACACGUCACCAGUACUACUUACAGCUGCGUAAGGAUAUCAUGGAGGACAGGCUUUACUGUAAUGAGGAGACAGGCUUGUUUCUGGCUGCUCUUGCUCUGCAAGCUGAGUUUGGGGAAUACAUGCCAGAGUUAUACGGCAAGAAUUAUUACCAGCCAGAGCAUUAUGUGUCAAAGAGGAUGCUUGAGAAGUUGGCUCUGCCCAGUGUUAAGGAAGAGUUGCCAAGACUACAUGCAAGUCAUGCCCAGAUGCUGCCUGAAGAGGCAGAAAUAGAGUACCUGAAGAUUGCCCAGCAGUGCCCAGAGUAUGGGGUUAUGUUCCACCGUGUGGGAAGAGAGAAAAGGCAGGUGGUCGGAGAGUUGGUUUUGGGAGUCUGUGCCAAAGGAAUCAUAGUGUACGAGAUGAAGAACCACCUCCGGACUGUCACCAGACGCUUCCUCUGGAGGGAGACUGACUCAAUAUCCACUGGGCGACGUAAACUGAUCAUAGAGUGUGGAGGGCCCAGCGGGAAAAAGCACAGUUUCAUAACAGAGAGCUCAAAAAUAGCACAGUACCUCCUGAACCUUUGCUCAGCACAGCACAAGUUCCACAGUGAGAUGACGUCACGUCAAAUGAACCACAGCAUGAUACCAGAUGAACACAUGUCUGUCUACCGGGCUCGUAACAUGGACUUGAAGCGGCUGUCAUGCUCAGAGGGCAUGUUGAACCAUGUAGGUUUAACACCUGGUCAGCCAGACUCCCUCUCCAAGUCCUGUGACGACCUGACUGCCAAGCUGGAGGCGCGUCUCCGCCAGCAGAGAGAGAUGAGGAGGGAGAUGAGCAGAGAGUUGAACAAGGAGCCUCCCGAAACAGGAGACCUCAGGGAUUUGAAAGAGCGGCAGUACUGGAGCACGCCAGAGUCGAUUCCCCGAAUGAUGUCCAGUGUCUCACUACAGAAGCAAGACUCCGAUACCUCUUCCUCCAUACGAGUUGACACCCCAACCAGGACCCCACCAGAGAGAGAGAUAAUCUGUGUGAACCUGAAAAAAGAUCCCAAACUUGGCUUUGGCUUUGUGAUAGUAGGCGAGGACAAUACAGGUAAACUUGACCUUGGGAUCUUCAUUGCUUCCAUUGUGCCUGAUGGGCCUGCAGACAAAGAUGGACGAAUCAAACCCGGUGGACGUCUCAUCUCCCUUAACAAGAUUAGUUUGGAAGGGGUAACAUUCAGUGAUGCUGCUGCCAUCUUACAGAGCAGCCCUGAUGAAGUGGAGCUCAUUGUGUCCCAGCCUAAACAGUCUCUGAGGGACAGUAGGAAUUCCCUGAGUCAAAGCACGCUCAGUUUGGCUUUGGAGAGAGGCUUUGGUUCACAGACAACCCUGAGUGGCAUAGAGUACCGCCCCGCCAUGGAGGAACUCGAGGAGGCCAUGACUCUGUCCAACAUGGCAACCCCCAAGCAGGGCAGGAGGCUUCACAUUCCUGUUGUGCGAAUACAUGACCCAGAGAAAGCUCGUUCCCGGUCUCCCUCUAUCAUAAGUCUGAAAACUGGGGAGCGAUUUAUAAUGGAGCUGAAGAAAAGUAAUGGCAGCCUUGGCAUCAGUGUUGCUGGAGGAAUAAACACCAAUGUGCGAUUUGGAGGCAUCUACAUCAAGACUCUGGUGCCCGGAGGUGCUGCAGAGCAGGACGGCCGCAUUCAGAUUGGUGACAGACUGCUGGAGGUUGAUGGGUCCAACCUGAGGGGCGUGACUCACCAACAAGCUGUCGAGUGCCUGAAGAAGACUGGGGAGGUGGUGAGCCUACUGUUAGAAAGGGAACCCACAGUAAUCUUAGAGCCUAGACCCGACUCAGCCUGCCCCCCUUUGGCCCCCAGUUCAUCAUUCACACAGCCCCCCAGGACUGAAGUCUCCGUGGAAACGACCUUGAGUGGUCGAGCCAAGGACUACAGCUUUGUGACUGAUGAAAACACACAUGAAGUGGUACUGAAGAAGAGUUUGUCUGGCCUCGGCUUCAGUUUUUACAUCUCCCAGCUGCACUCGGGGCCAGACAGAGGCAGCCUGGUUCGCAUCAAGCGUCUCUUCCCGGGCCAGCCAGCACUAGAGAGUGGUCUGCUGCGAGAGGGAGACGUCAUUCUGUCUGUCAACAAUGAGCCUGUUAAGGACCUCUCUUACCAGAGGGUUUUGUUUCUGCUACGUGGAGCUCCAUCUGAAGUUAAUCUGUUGAUCUGCCGACCGGGUCCUGGACCACUGUGUGAUGCAGAUGACAACACACUGGGUCCUGCACCCAUCCGUGAGUUCCGAUCCCGGUCUCUGGACAUCCGACUAGGAGAGGACUAUAGCCAGCUCCUUAAGUUUCAAUAUAACCUCAACAUAAUUGCCCAGAAGCAGCCCCCCACACAGGAGGAAGAUCUAAACAACACAGCAGAGAAAAGCCCCAACCCUCCUGCAUCUCCAGUGCUCCCUGAGAGCCAGGAGAGUCUGGAUGGUGAAGCGCAGGCUAACCAGAUUCUCCCAUCUCCUCCUCGGUCACCCCCUUCUCCCACCUCACCUACCUCACCUCCGUCACCAGUCUCCCCAGCCUCACCUGCAUCGCCAGCAUCCCCCACCUCACCUGAGUCACAACCAGCUGCUGGGAAACCAGAGGAACAACAGGAAGUAGAAACAAAGGGGGAGAACAAGGAUGAAGAGGGGGCCGUCACAAAAACAUCAGGUUCAACUGUGUUUGUGGACGUCUGCCCUAAAACAGCUUCAAACUCUGUAUAUGCCAGUGGAGUCAGAGAGGAGGCAGAUGGAAGUGUCACCUACUGCCUCAUGGGAAAUGGACUGACUAUAAUGGCAGAUGAAGAGUACCUGACAAUCAGCUCAACUCUGGAGCAUCCUCACGGCCUUUCUUCCAGUCUUGCCACUCACACAGCAACAACCAACCGUACAGGCCUCAGCUCUCAAUCCUCCAACAUAUCUAGUUUCAGCUCUCAGAAUCCGAACCUCAACCCUCUCAUCCCCACUACAACCAUCUCACCCCUCAGCAUCUCGUCUGACACUCCGACCACUUGCCCUCUGGCACACCCAUCUCAGCCACUUACAACUCAGCCACCCAAAGCCAAGCACCACCCAAUCCAGCAGGGGCUGUUUCCAAGUCAUUACAAGGCUGCCUCAAGGAACAGCCUGCCUGUUGUGCCUCCUCCUCAGCCUCCUGCCCCACCACAGACCCCCAUCACAGCCCAGAUCAUGUCCUCUGUGCCUCCCUGUGCCAGUCCACCUGCCCCAACCCUGCCAUCCACCAUACUGCCCCAACCUGUGCAGAGCCACACAAAGCUGAGAGAAGAACCCGAGAAGAAAGAAAGGGAAUACAUGGAUGAAGAUUAUGAUGAGGAGGAAGAGGAGAGUCGAAGAAAGGGAUUGGUUAAAGAGUUUGAGAUGUCAGUGGUUCUGACCAAGUCCAGGAGUGGGAGCUUUGGGUUUACCAUCACUCGAAGCAAACUGGACAACUGCUACUACAUACAGGAAAUAUUGGACAACCCGGCCAAAUCAGAUGGACGACUCAGAGCAGGGGACAGGCUCGUCACGGUAAAUGGACAUGAUGUUACCAGUGUGGCAGAUGAUUUUGCCAUGACGAUUCUCAGGUCAUCCCCAAGAAGACUGAGUAUGACCCUAGGGAGGGCAGUUACCAACCUGGUGGCAGCACCUCCCUGCGACAGCCUGCCCGAUAUCGUUCUCUACAAGACACCUUCAGGACAGCUCGGUAUAAAGCUGACAGGCGGCAUUGGCAGCAAAUGGCAGGGAAUCUACUGUCUGGCCGUGGUAUCAGGCUCUCCAGCCAGCGAGGAGGGCAGUGUCCAACCCAAUGACAAGAUCCUCUACAUCAGUGGCAGGUGCACCCUGGGAAUGACCCUAGAGGACGCAGUCAAAGCCUGUGAGAUCGCCCCUCGUAAAGUGAAACUGAAAAUCCUCAGAGAAGACCAGCCAGUGACUCCUAAGGCUAAGUGGAACGGUCUGUUCGACUGGAAGAAGGACAGGAAGUUCUUUGCUCGUUUUGAAGAGCCUGCCUCUCCAGAGAAAGACUCUCCUCCUGAAGAAGCUGAACCUGUGUGUAGGACUGCUGGAAACUUCAGAUGUCGCUCUCUCACUCAGGAGCAAGACAGUUGCAUCAUGCAAGUGGAGUUUAUGAAACCAGAAGGAGGUGGUCUUGGCUUCGCUUUGGUUGGGGGAACCAAUGGCAGCAUGCUCAGAGUGAGGGAAAUCUGCACUGGUGGAGUAGCUGAGCAGGAUGGUCGGCUGAGAGCUGGAGAUAUUCUAUUAGAGGUGAAUGGUGUGAUUGUGUCCGGGUUGAGCCACAGUAAGGUGGUGGAUAUUUUGCGUAAAGCUGAGGGCACUGUACAGCUCACCAUCUGCAGAGACAUUCUACCCCUGACCUACUCUGAAUCACCUACACCACCCAACAUGUCCGCUCAGACUGAAGCUAUUUUAAAUGAGCAGCCAGCUCCUGUUUCCAGCCCUGAUGCCUGUUCUUCACCAGAUGUCAUGCUGAAUAAGCCAGUCGAGCGCCCCCCUGAAGCGACUUCAGACUCUGUAGUUAAUGAAACAGAUGGUAUGUUCCUCACCUCACCACCUCCUCAACCACGCCAACUGACUAUAGUAACAGAUGAGGUUGAUAUUAAGCAGGAGAGCUGUAACAGCACGCCUUCUCAUCAAGCUUGCUGCCCAUCCCUCAAUGUCACUGACAUGUUGCAUGGAGCUUCUGACAGGAAACAAAUUGUGACCAAACUUUUGGACCAGUCCUGCAAAGACAUCCGGAAAACCAAGUCAGAUGGCUGGAGCAGCGAAGAGGAAGAUGAUGAUGUAUUUGACGCCACUGCUCAGGAAAUGACAUCACCCCAAACAGGCCCACCCAUAGUAUCAGAGGAGGAACUGGCCAGUUUAGCACUCAUUAGCCCGGCUAAGACCAGCCAAUAUUCAGGCUCCAGGGUCAAAGCCCUCAUCCAGAUUCUGCAGCAUCAACUGGACCAGCAGGAACUGGUCAAAGAAUUCAUGGCUCUGGAGCAUCUGAAGCCUUCUGAUAACUGCCUGGUGGGAAAAGCCCCCGAGAACAGAGACAAGAACCGCUACAGAGACAUCCUACCCUAUGACAAAACCCGUGUUGCCAUCGGAGAGAACCAAGAUUACAUCAACGCCAGCUUCAUCCGCAUGCAAGUUGGAGCAGAGGAAUUCUUCUACAUCUCUUGCCAGGGCCCUCUGCCUUGCACAGUGUUGGCCUUCUGGCAGAUGAUCUGGGAGAACAAAUCUGACGUCAUUGCCAUGAUGACCCAGGAAGUAGAACGGGGAAGGGUCAAAUGUCACAAGUACUGGCCAGAGAAGUUGGCCGUGCCUCUGGACACUGGCAGGUACCAGCUUCACUUGGAGAACCAACAGUACCUGGAGUAUUUCCACAUAAAGGUCAUCCGAAUGGUGGAAACAGAGAGCGGUGAGACCCACUUUGUCCGACACCUGAAGUUCACACACUGGCCUGACCACGGCGUGCCGCAGUGCUCCGAGCAACUGGUUCGCUUCAUCCGCUACCUGAGGGCUGUGCACCACAAAGGGCCGGUCACCGUGCACUGCAGCGCUGGCAUCGGACGCACAGGAGUUCUGAUCUGCACUGAUAUUAUCCUCAGCCUCACGGAGAACGAUUUACCUAUUAAUGUGAGCAACAUCGUAAAGGAGAUGAGAAUUCAGCGGCAUGGGAUGAUUCAAACAAAGGAACAGUACCUUUUCUGCUACAAAGUCUGGUUGGAGGUUUUACACGGAAUUUUACAGCUUCAUGGCAGCCAAUGGCAACCGGAAAGUCCCCAAGACCACAAAGUGGUUUGAAUGUUUCCAUCAUCAAGUUCACCUACCUGUAAA